UUCGCCGUGUUCCGCCACAGUUCUCGAUACCACCACCAACAGUGAACGAGGUAAAACUUGGAGACGAUUUAAAUCUCACGUGCGUUGCGGUCGGAUCCCCGAUGCCUUUCGUCAAGUGGCGCAAAGGGUUAACACAGGAACUCACCCCCGAAGAUAAACUCCCCAUCGGCAAAAACACCUUGGAGUUGACCAACAUUCAGGAAUCCGCCAACUAUACUUGUAUCGCCGCCAGCGCCCUGGGGGUUAUCGAGGCACCUGCCAUGGUCAAAGUGCAAUCUUUACCGGGGCCACCAACUAACGUCAAGAUCUCCGAGAUAACCGCAACUUCGGUUCGACUAACGUGGUCGUACAAUGGGCCAGAAGAGUUGCAGUACUAUGUUAUCCAGUUCAAGCCGAAAUACGCCAACCAGGCUUACAGUGAAAUCAGUGGCAUCAUCACCAUGUACUACUCCGUUAGGAAUCUCAGCCCUUACACAGAAUAUGAAAUGUAUGUCAUCGCGGUCAAUAACAUUGGAAGGGGUCCUCCGAGUGCCCCCGCGGCAGUUACCACUGGUGAAACAGGUGUGCCAAGCCAACCGAGUAACUUACGCACAUCAGAUAUUGGCGAAAGUUCGGUAACGCUCCAGUGGACCAAACCCACCCAUUCGGGUGAGAACAUAGUGAGCUACGAACUUUACUGGAACGACACCUACGCCAAGGAGAAGCACCACAGGCGUAUCCCAAUAUCUGAAAGCUACACCUUGACGGGUCUCUACCCGAACACUCUUUACUACGUCUGGUUGGCCGCCAGGUCGCAGAGAGGCGAAGGAGCCACGACGCCCCCCAUACCGGUCAGGACCAAGCAAUAUG